AUGUGCCGCCAAGCACUGACAAUUUCAUCCAGGAAAAGCAGCCUAGAAGGAAGUUGCGUCGCUAGCUGCAAAAAGACCGCGAAAACGAAUAGACGCCAAGAGCGAAGGAGUUUGAAAAGGCGCGGGUGGAACGGGAACCUGCGGGAAGCCUAUGCUUUGUCAAAGCAGUAUAGCGGCAAGAUGAAAAGAUGUUCCCCAGUCCUCAGCAUCGCCAAUGGAGUGGCUGUCGCUGAAGCAGCCAUUCCAAUUUGGAGGGAUCACUUCAAGAUCCUGCUUAACCGGCAAGCGCCUGACCAACCGGUCCUAAACUCGAGCACGUUCAUAGAACCAGCGUAUGCGGUCAGCGAGGAAUCGCCGACCGAGUCGGAGACUUUGGUCUAG